UGUUACUCCGCCGUGGCGGAAGUAAGUUGUAUCGCUGAGGCCUCAUCCUUCCAAUGGCGACUGCAAACAGGCUGAAUAGAAAGCGGGAGCAACCGUGGAGGGGGGUCAGCGACGUGUAACCGAAAUUAAAUAAAUAUAUCUGAUUUUUCUUUAGCCAUAAAGUUAGUCUGAAGAUCACUCCACCUCUCCAAAUCACGGCCGUUUCCAUGGCCAAAAGUCGGAACAUUUCGCUCCUUGAGUCGGAGCUCUAUUACUUGAUUUCUCGUUUCUUAACAACGGGUCCGUGUCGGAGAGCGGCUGAGGUCCUAGCAAGUGAACUCGAAGAAUAUCAGCUCUUACCGGGAAGAUUGGACUGGCUGGGAAAUGAACACCCUAGAACAUACGAAGAUGUGGUUGCUGCCAACAGACAUGUUGCACCCGAUCAUUUGCUACAGAUAUGUAAGCAAAUUGGACCACUCCUCGAUAAAGAGGUCCCAUCGUGUGUCCCAGGUGUGCACUCUCUCCUGGGGUCUGGAAAGCAGUCCAUGCUUCGGACUGCAAAAGACUGUGACGGUGUGCAGCUCAAAGCUUCAUCAUAUGCAGCCCUUCAUCGGGGCAGACCACCAGAGAGGCCUUUGAACCAGAAGCAACCUCCACAUCAAGUGAAGGUACAUCGAGGGAGGGAGCUGACUGGAGUACAGCGUUUUAGCUCCAUCAGUCCUGUCAGCACAUAUGAGCACAUGCGCCUGCACAGGCGGAUCCUGGGACAUCUGUCUGCAGUGUAUUGUAUCGCAUUUGAUCGAACCGGUCUCAGGAUCUUCACAGGCUCAGAUGAUUGUUUGGUGAAGAUUUGGUCUUCGCACGAUGGAAGGCUUCACUCAACAUUGAGAGGACACUCUGCAGAAAUCACAGACUUGGCUGUCAACUAUGAAAACACACUAAUUGCUGCAGGAAGCUGUGACAAGACCAUCCGUGUGUGGUGCCUUCGUACCUGUGCUCCUAUGGCUGUGCUGCAGGGACACAGUGGAUCCAUUACCUCCAUUCAGUUUUCACCUUUUGCCAAGGGCUCCAAACGUUACAUUCUGUCGACUGGAACGGAUGCUACUGUCUGCUUCUGGCAGUGGGAUGUCAACAACAUCAGCUUCAGUGAUCGGCCAUACAAGUUUACAGAGCGGCCAAGGCCAGGGGUCCAGACUGUGUGCUCCUCGUUCAGUCCAGGUGGGAUGUUCUUGGCAACAGGAAGCACAGACGAUGUCAUUAGAAUAUACUACCUGGGAAGCGGGAGUCCAGAGAAGAUAUCAGAGCUCCAUGAGCACACGGAUAAAGUGGACAGCAUCCAGUUCUGCCACUCAGGUGAAAGGUUUGUAAGCGGAAGUCGAGAUGGAACGGCUCGAAUCUGGAGGCUGCAUCAGCGGCAGCGCUGGAGAUGCAUCCUACUCAACAUGUCCGCAACUCUUCCUGGUGCUGAACCAACAAACGAAGAGGAAAACUACUUUAAACCCAAAGUUACCAUGGUUGCGUGGGAUCGCCAUGACAAUACAGUCGUCACGGCUGUUAACAACCAUCUCCUCAAAGUGUGGAACUCCUACACAGGACAGCUGCUACAUAUCCUAAAAGGCCAUGAAGAUGAGGUGUUUGUCCUCGAACCUCACCCCUUUGAUCCCAGGAUCAUCCUGUCUGCUGGCCACGACGGGAACGUCUUCAUCUGGGAUCUACAACGAGGAAAAAACACCUGGCAUUACUUCAACAUGAUUGAGGGUCAGGGUCAUGGAGCCGUUUUUGACUGCAAAUUCACUCCUGAUGGUCAGCGGUUUGCCUGCACAGACUCGCACGGCCAUCUGCUCAUCUUUGGCUUUGGCAGCUCCAAACCGUACGAAAAGCUGCCAGACCAGGUGUUCUUCCACACAGAUUACAGGCCGCUGAUUCGUGAUGCCAAUGGGUUUGUGCUGGAUGAGCAAACACAGCAAGCUCCCCAUCUGAUGCCCCCUCCGUUCUUGGUCGAUGUAGAUGGAAACCCCCAUCCACCCAGAUACCAGCGUCUCGUCCCGGGCAGGGAGAACAUCGCUGCCGAGCAUCUGGUUCCUCAGCUGGGAUAUGUAGCUACUAGCGAUGGCGAGGUGGUGGAGCAGGUGAUCAGCCAGCAGACGGCAGAACCCGAGGAGGUUUCAGUGAGACGCAGCAGCCUUCUGGACGAGGCGAUCCGACAGCUGCAGGAACAACAGGACCGGCAGAACCAGCUCGGGACAGAAGCAGCACCAGGUCCUGAUGCCAGACCAGAAGGCCAGGUGUUGGCACCAGCACCAAGUACUCCACGCAGAGUGUCUGUGAAUGAGCGAGCAGAUGUGCAGUCACCUCCUAAUGUGGGUCUGAGACGAAGUGGCCAGGUGGAGGGUGUGAGGCAGAUGCACCAAAAUGCUCCUCGCAGUCAGAUGGCCACAGAAAGAGACCUGCAGGCGUGGAGGCGCAGGGUGGUGGUUCCUGAACUGGCAGCUAGUAACUACAGGAACCAGGAGGAUGUUCGCACAGCCAGAGGAGAUGAGGAGGUUUUCCUGUACAACACAAAGAAGAGAUGGAUUAUCUAUGGCAGCUGUCGGGAUGAUUCAGACGAGGAACCUUCGGCUGCAAAGCGAGUUCACAGCCGCAGAGGUUCCUCAGAUCUUAUUGAGUUCUCAUGUGAAGAAGGCGAGGAGACGGCUAGUUCAGAUAUUCACUCUGAGGACAAUGACCUUGAUGGCAGUGAACUGGAUACCUCCAAUGAUGAGGAAGAGUGGAACAGUGACAGCUCUAACCAUACAUCCAGCGAGUACUCUGACUGGACAGCAGAUGCUGGCAUAAACCUGCAGCCCUCCACUCCGCUGUCCUCACGUAAGCGAGUGAGGCGCAAACUCAGCAGCUCUGAGGAAGAGGAUGAGGAAGACAAUGAGGAAGAGGAGGAGAAGCAGCAAAGUGAGGAGGAGGAAAAACCUGUGAAGAAAAGCAAAGAGAAAGCUAAGAAAGCCAAAGCCAAGUCACCCCGGCGUCCAAAGCCCCGACCAUCGAUUAACAGAGAAGUGUCAAAUGAGUUCAGGCCGUCAGCGUGGAUCACCGAUGUCAUUCCCAGGAAGUCUCCUUUUGUUCCACAGAUGGGCGAUGAGGUGAUCUACUUCCGCCAGGGCCAUGAGGCCUAUGUGGAUGCUGUGAGUCGCAGUGAGCUCUAUCCCAUCAAUCUGGAAAAACAACCAUGGAAAAAAAUGGAGCUGCGGGAUCAAGAGUUUGUGAAAAUCACUGGUAUUAAAUAUGAAGUUUGCCCUCCAACGCUCUGCUGUCUGAAGCUGACUCUUAUCGACCACGGCACCAAGAAAAUCACAGACAAAUCAUUUUCUAUCAAGUACCACGACAUGCCAGAUGUGAUCGAUUUUCUGGUGUUGAGGCAGAGUUAUGACGAGGCGCUCCGUCGAAACUGGCAGCCAAAUGACAGGUUUCGCUCAGUGAUCGACGAUGCCUGGUGGUUUGGGACCAUCGUCUGUCAGGAGCCCUACCAGCCGGAAUACCCAGACAGCCUCUUUCAGUGCUUCAAAGUCAGAUGGGACAACGGAGAAACCGAAAAGCUCAGUCCCUGGGACGUGGAACCUAUACAGGACGAUGCCCAGCCCCCUGACACAGAUGGAGGAGGUAUCCCUGCGACAGCGGAGGAGAUGAAAGAGCUGAUGUACAAACCUGUACCAGGGGAGUGGGGCGAGAGGAGCAGGGACGAGGAGUGUGAACGCAUCAUCGCUGGUAUCGAGCAGCUCAUUACUCUCGAGAUUGCAGCUCCGUUUUCUGGUCCGGUAGACUUAAUCCAGUAUCCCACCUACUGCACCGUGAUCGCCUAUCCCACCGAUCUGGGCACAGUCAGACUGCGGCUCAUCAACAGAUUUUACAGGCGCCUCUCUGCAUUAGUUUGGGAAGCCAGGUAUAUUGCACAUAACGCCCGCACUUUCAAUGAGCCAAGAAGCAAGAUUGCCCACUCUGCAAAAAUCAUCUCAAGCGUUCUCCAGAAAUUUGUCAAUAACCCAAGCUGCACAGAUAUUUUGGAGAUCUACAAUGCUGUGGAGGAGAUGGACGAUGAUGAUGAGGAAGAAGAAAUGGAAGCACCAGGCACAUCCUCAGGACAUAGACUACGUCAGCACUCAGUGGAGGUCUUGCCAGACCGAGAUUCUUGGAAGGAACAUUGUAGGCAUCUGGUCAACUAUAUAUUUGAAUGUGAAGACUCAGAACCGUUCAGACAGCCUGUGGAUCCUGAGAACUAUCCUGAUUAUCUUGACAUUAUUGAUACUCCAAUGGACUUUGGCACAGUGAAAAGGACUCUGGGGGAAGAUCGCUAUGAAAACCCUAUAGAGCUGUGCAAAGACACGCGCUUAAUAUUUGCCAAUGCUAAGGCUUACACGCCCAACAAACGCUCCAAGAUUUACAGCAUGACCUUGCGACUCUCUGCCUUCUUCGAGGAGCAGAUCAGAACAAUCAUAUCAGAGUACAAAACUGCCGUCAAAAGCAGUGACCGACUGCGCCGUAGUCAAAGGUUUCGCAAGAAAAUGCAGCAGCAGGAUCAGUCCUCAGCCACAACAAGCAGUCAAAAAAAGUCCGCUGUUAAAACUCAGGAAAAAUCGGAGUCAAUGUCCAUAACAAAAUCUACCUCAGCCAAAGUGUCUGUUCCUGAGAGAGCGAGACGGAGUCGAGGCAGAAGCUCAGGUCUAAGCUCCUCAGAGGACGACUCCGGCUCCAAAGCUGCCUCAUCCACGGCAGUCGCCUGUGCAAUUAUUGAUGCAAAGAGCAAGAGUCUUACUUUGGAAAGCGGAAAAGAGUCUGAAAGCGAGAAUGAACAGAGUGAUUCAGAUGAUGAGGAGACACGUCCAGCGUCUUCAAAGCGUCAUCAAAGCAGACACAAAGCCAGAGUUACAAGAAGCAAAACUUCCAAGAAGAAGAAAAAAGCUACUAAGAGUGACAGUGAAGACGAGGAGGAGGAAUGUGAGAGUGAAGGAGAGGAUGAAGAAGACGGAGAUGUUUCCUCCAAGUCUUCAGACCAUCAGUAUACGAGCAGAAGCACACGACAGACCAGAAACAGAACCGCCAGAGACAGAACAAGAGCAGAAGGCAGAGCAGAAAUGAACGGCCACAGCAGCAGGGCGUCACGUCGAGAAAGGCACCAUCACCCCAACUCUGACCAAGCCUCCUCCCAUGACUCGGACCGGGAAGAAGAGGUGACCGUUCCCAGGUUCCUCAAGAGAAAAACAGCGAGGGCUGCUGUCAGUAAGAUGAAACGACUGGAGGCAUCCGAUGAAGACUAUGAAGAGGAAGAGAGGAAGCCAAGAAGAAGCAGCAGCUGGCUCCCCCACACAUCUCGCAUUGGCAAACGCACUGCGGUGAUCCAGAGCAGCUCUGAGUCGGACGGAGAGUUGUCAACUGAAGGUUCCCAGAAUACUAAGGAAUCUGACAGCGAAUCCAUGGGUGAGGAAGAUGGGACUGGGAGCGAGGUUUCAUCCUCUUCCCAGAUUAAACAGAAUGGAGUUAACAAGAAAACCAAACACACUGCCAAAACAAGGACAAAUGAUACGUUGUCCCAAGUGAAUGGACACAGUGGAAAAAAUAAAUUUGAAAGCAACUCUGAGCAAGAAGAGACUGCAAAGGAGGAGGAAGACCAGAUACCUCUGUCUCACAAACCGUCUAGAAGCACUGCUGGAAGAAGUAGGAUUACAAGUGAGGAGGAGGCGGAGGAGAGCGAUGAGCGCCAAACCACACGAAAUAAAGCUCCUGUAAGUUCAGAUGAAGAGUACUGUGCCAAAAAACGGCCUCAACAAAAUGGAAGGACUGAUAAAGAAUCAUUCCAUAGGGACUCUAAGAAAAAAAGUAAAGUGUCAGCAUCAAAAAGCCAAGACAAACAAAAAUCUGCCUCAACAAAAAUACUGGAUGGUGGGGAAUCCGAUGAACUCAGUGAUCCUCCUCCAAAACGAUCCAGCCCACAGAAGAAAGGGACGAAGAAAGUGGAAAGAAGUCCCUCCAGCAAUGGGUCUGACCUUGAAAUAAGGAAACUAACCAGAAGCAAAACCAAAAGGCCUCACUCCACGUCGGCUUCGGAAAGUUCUGAGGAGUACAAACCCCAGAGGAAGUCGUGGAGGAAACACUCCACUGGAUCGUCAGACCAAGAGUCGGAUCAUUCCGAUGACGCAUCAAAAAGACGGCUGAACCUUCGCGCUCUACCCAAAAAGAAAUACAUAGUUGACAACUCUCUUUCCGAGGAAGAUGUGACGCGAGAAAACCAGCGGGGGCAAAAAACCAGCAACAAGAGAGAGUUGGAGUCGAGGGAAGAGGGGUACAACACAAGAGUGUCCAGGAGAACGUCUCCCAGUGAAGGAAGGAAUCAGGUCACUUCCAAGAGGAAACGGAUUUACACCUCAGACUCCGAGGACGAGGAGGAAGAUGCACAGAAGGAGCCUCUAAACAUCAGCAAUAGUAACAGCAGGUCGGGCUCCUCCAAGAGCUUUAAAAGGGAAUCCAAGCAAGAUGACAAAGAGAGUGACACUUCAUCCCACUCUGAUUCCAGAGAGGAGGAAGAAGAGGAGGACAUUCAGUCAAACAGGAGGAGGAAAAGCCUUAGGCAGCCAAAGCCUAAACGGAAGAAAAGCUACAGCAGCAGCAAACACAGUUCAGACUCAGAAAGCAAGCAGAUGUUUUCAGCCUCUGAAAACUCCUUUUCCAGCUCAGGGUCUCACAGCAGUCCAAAGAGGAGAAGUCGCACGCGAACGGAAAGGCCCACGAGCUGCAAGCUCAGACUGCGCCGCCAUCAACGCAUCUUAGAGGAGGACAGCGAACCACAGAGGAUGAGACGCGUCAACACUCGGAACCGAGGCAAGCGGACUGUUAGUUACCGCGACAGUGAAUGAAAGCGCGGCUGGAGGCUUCACCGGGGAGACGGACAUUUACUGGACAGGUUGGGGACACUUGAUGGCCAAGUUAUGGUAGUAGCACUGGAGUCCUCAACAAUAAAAUGCUGUGAAUCUGUUUCAUUCAGGGAUAUUAUUUAUAUUUUCUAUGAAAAAACGUGUUUAUAGAUGUAAUACAAAUUCAAGCAUUUGAACUGCUAGUUUUCACAAGGACACAGGACAAACAUCACCUGCUGUGGUGGUGGUUGUGAUUUGGCAGAAUAACAGUUUCUGGGGAAUCUUGUCAGCUUGGGUGCUAUCCUAAUAUACCUCUGUUUAAUCGAGCAUAUUGCUGGCUUGCACUAAGAAACACUGUAAUGAGGUAUUUCAUACACUAGUUUUGCAUUAGAAACUCAGGGGUCAACUAAGUUUACUGUAGUCUGGAGAGAUGCAGUUUGUUUUUGGGUUUUUUUGUUGUUUUUUUUGGUUUUCUUUUAGAUAAGGUAAGGACGAUAAAUGAUUCCAGAUUGGCAGAUGUCUGAGCACAUCAACUGGAUCCAAAAAAUCCACGCCUACAUUUUUUACUUCAGCACUCCUUUGUAAAUCCACACACCUAAAGCUUGACUGUAUUGUGAGGUGAGCCAAAUGAACUCUUCCCCACACAUUUCUUAUUUUGUUUUGCUUUGUAUUGUAGUGAAUAGAUGUAAAUACUUCAUUGAGAUUUAACAAUUAGUUGCUAGCAAAGCGCUUAUUUAAAUCUGACCGGGGUUGUCAUCUUUUUCUUUUCUUUACGUUUAACUGCAUUUUCUUGCCAUGUGUCACAAGUUGGUACUUUCUUUUGCCAAGUACGAAUAACCAACAGUACUUAAAGCAAGAUACUGCAAUUUCUCAUAUUGGGAAGAUCUUUUAUCAUUGUCCUGUGUUACCUACUUUCAGUAUUAAAUUCUUUUUGCAGAGUUGACUUAAAUAUUUUCCCGGCCAUGUUUUCUUUUUGUUUGAGGACGUUUCCAAAUACAGUCGCUUGGUGACCUUUUGCUCAACAUUUUUCGUACUACACCUUUAAUAGAUUUCACAGUGAAACUGUUCAUGAAAUGUGGUUGUGGAGUGCAAUGAAAUAAUUAUUUCUCCCAUGAAUAAAGACAUCAGAUCAAGGUGUA